UUUUGAGCAAAGGUACCCAGCUCUAAAUGUUUCAUUGCUGCGUGCAACGGUUGGAACCUGACGCGGCGAUGCUGACCACAGAUUGCCGCCCAACCCGAGAUUAGAGGAAACCCGCAAAGGCCCUUCUUCACCGGGCUGCUAGGAUCAUAUCCGAUUCUUCUCGCUCAAAGCUAGUGCGCCGUUACAGAAGGCCAUGAUCAAAUAUCUCGGGUGAAAACGUUUUGGUGUGUUCCUCUAUUAACUUGGCGUUAUGACCGGGCGCAACGAUGUUUUUUGACGCGUGACAUUUGACCAAACCUGUGGCUUAGCCCCUCACUUUGAUUUGCAGGGCAGGGACCCAGCUUUCUCAACCAACCCCAAGGCCACCAAGGCUGGGCUCAAGUGGAAUUGGAAUUGGUUGUGACAGAUGUUUGCACCCUAAGUAACCCUCCAGCCAAGGUAACCUACCACUAAGGUACCUUACCUUGCUACCUAUGGUCCCCUCAAACACCGCGGCCAGUUGAAGGACCCACCACGAUUUGCGACGUUUGUUCGGCCUACAGCCCACUUCCACGCAAGCCGUCAAUCACAUCGAUCGCAUGCCUCACAAGGCCGGCAAGACAGUCCCGAACUUAACGCGACAUUUUUCAUCGGGCCCGCUACCUAGGCACCUUUACACCACUUCAGCCUCUAAUCCCUCCGCACAUUGUCACCACCAAAAUACUGAAGAUUGAGCGAGAGGAUGCGAUAAGCCUAAUACCUCUCCGCUUUGACGACAUUGCGGAAUAAUCAAAGGCGUCCAGCCCCAAGCCACCUGCCAGCAGCGGCUUGAACUUGUGUUCGAGACUUACCUUAGCCGGCGCUAGACAACCGUGCGCGCCCAAGUCUCCCUCGUCUGACAUCACCUCGGGCUUCUGUACGCCCAGGAUCGAUUCGACCAUCUCCCAAAGCGACAUCGCUUGCUUCAGAAAUACGCCCACGCUUACGAACUAGGAACAAGAAAUCGCAAUGUCAUUCAACGACGGGCGCCGCUACGGCCAUGUGCCUCCGGCGCAGUACCCCGUCCAGAACACACAAUCGCAAGACCCCGCCCGUCGGUCCAGCUUCCACCGUGGCGACGACUCCAGCUUUCUUGAUCAGCAGGGUAACGGCAUGGUUCGCGCCGAUGACGAGCUUUUCGUCUCCAGCCCGGUUGAGACACAUAACUCUGCGAGCACGAGACCACCGACGGGUUACGGUGCUACCGCGAACGUUGGCAUGGCUGGCUACCAACACCAGUACCAGGCGCCGCCUACGCCAACAUCCUACAACCCUGCACAAUUUGCAACGCAGCCGUUGUCUACGGCUGGCUUUGGCAGGUCUUUGAGUACAAACCAAGUACCCAGCACCACUAGAUCCUCUUACAACACUCCGGCAUCCCCUACCUACGGCGGUCUUGCGUCGCCAACAAGCUACACUCCCCAGGCCUACAACCCAGCAGCGUAUGCGAACACCCGCACAGCGGCCGCUCCGCAGAGGCAGGCGACAUAUCACGGCUACAACAACUAUACUCCUAACUAUAAUCCUGCCGCCCCUCUCCAGCCAUCCUUGGCUUCUGCCGCUCCGACCUACGGGUACGGGUCGCCACAGGCGCAACAGAUCGCUCAGCCCUCAUUUGAGCAACCGGCGAGCAACCAUCAGUACAGGUCAUCGAAUGCAUCGAAUUACUCCCAGCACUCGUCAAAUGCCUCCUACUCCUCUCAGUACAGUGUCCCUUACGGCUCUUCGGCUUAUCCCAGCUCGUACACAGGAAGUAACAACGCGUACGGCGGCAGUUAUUCGGCAAAUGGGGGUGCGUCGUCAUCAAGCCCUUAUCAGCCCGGUGCUCCGCAGACGCCAUACCCCAUGGAUGAUCAAAUACCAGUAGGGCCGAACUACUCCUCCGAAAGCCUCAACCGUCCACGGUCUACUUCACAGAGCUCUCCCCUACCAUCGCCGCAGUAUCAGCCACCUCAGCCCUCCGGAGGGGGUCUCCAACGACACCCAACGAACGCGCCGCUGCCGAACAGACCGAUGGACGAUGUACCGGAAGAGUGGGACCCAAGCGGGCCGACUGUCGACGACGGCCGCCUCACUCAAGAUAACCUUCUUCGGGAGAUAGAGGCCGACCUUGGAAUGCUACAGCACUCAACCUCACAAGCAUCGUCAUCUCAGUCUAGGCGGCCCAGGCCGAUCAACGGCAACAUUUCUGAUGACGAGCGGAAUCUUCUUCGGGAGUCACGUCUCGCCGACAGUCAGGGUGCCUUCAGCACCCACGAGAUGAGCUCAGCAUUGAGAGAAGACACGAGAUUCCAGCAGGGUUCGACACUUGCUCCGCCAGCAGCACCGCCGGAUGACAGUCUUAGCGAUAAUGAGUGGGCUGGUGGCAUGGAUUUUGGCGGCAUGGACCUCGGGUCUUUGGGCGGAGGUUACGCAGGGACCUUGUCCUACGACAACAACAUCAGCUCCCCUCCAGCCGACAACCAAUCCGGUGCGUUUGCAGACGCCGAUGUAGAUUUCGGGGGAACUGGUGGCCUUCAGUCGGCCUCACUCGCACGAGCACCGAGCUUUGACCAGGGCGACGAAGAGGUGUCUGUUCGAUCCAGGAGAAGCGGGAGCGAGUCGCCCUAUAAGGAGGAUGAUAACUUCGAUAUGCCUGAUAUGUUCUACCAUCCGGGUCUAUCCAGCAGGCCGCUUCCAGCGAUCCCGCCAACUGGUUCCGAUAGCAGCUCGAUGAUCUCAGCCCACCCCUCCACCCGCUCACAGCACCAUGGCUACUCGCAGAGCUCCGACGCAGCACCUGGUCUGCAUAACCAACUACAACAACAGCAGCAGCAAGUCGAACGAUCAAUAUCACUAUCUAACCACAGCAGCACCCCAACCGUAACUUUGCCUGGUCGGUCGAGGACUGAUGCCGCAGAGGAGAGAAAGAAAGCACACAGGACCAUGGCCCAACAGGCACAGAUGUCCAGUGCGGCCAAUAUACCCUACGACGGGUUUGAAAGUGCAACACCGUCUUCUGCGAUUACUUAUGAUGCCAUCACACUUCCUACUGGACGACGACGCAAGUUUGUGCCUGCCAAGUUGACCUCUGGUGAUCUUCGUCGCUGCCUGGAGCCAUGGGCUCUCAGUGGUAUUGCUUCCUGGAUCCGUGAGAUGGCUGAGGGCGAGCCGGAUCUCAAGCAGAAGACGAUUGAGGAGGGUCUCAUCAAGUUAUUUACUACCAAGGUCCCAACCAUGAAUGUUGCCGAUGCGGAAACACUGGCCAGCAAGGUCUUUGACAGGAUGUUAUCGGCAGGCAUCAUAGUUCGCGAGGAGGAAUGGGUCAAGUUUGGCCCAGGGACCAUAUCUGGCGUGCUUACACAACUUACUGGCCACGGCUGCUAUGCGGCCAAGCUCCACGACGAAGAGAUCCCAGGCAGGUGCUACAGCUAUUACUGCACGAGAACUCUCAAGAAGGCCAAUUUGGACGACCUGAUGUCGGGAGAGACCAUCAAGAAGACAGACUGGAAGGAGUAUCACGAUCUCACGGAUACCGUCAUGAUUUCUCGAGGAAAGAAGGAAGUCGAGCGUCAGAAUAACUUGCAUGAGAUUGUGUACAGCGAGGAGGUCUUCAUGAACCACAUGGAGGUUCUUCGUGUGCUGUACAAGGAGCAGCUCAAGGCAUGGCAGCCACCAAUCAUCACCCCAAACAGGCUCGGCAAGUUUAUCGACAACGUCUUUGGUAAAGCCGAGGCAGUGCAGCAGACAAACAAGGAGUACUUGCUCGCACAACUCAAGUACAGGCAAGCGGAGCAAGGUCCAUGGAUCCAUGGCUUCAGUGACAUUUUCCGCGAGUGGAUUCGGAAGGCCAGGGAACCGUAUAUUGCAUUCUCGGCAUCGUACCCUUACGCGCAGUUCCUCGUCCGACGCGAGAAGGACCGCAACGUGCUUUUCCGGCAAUUCCUUGAUCAUGUGCGAAGCCACCGAAGAUCCGAGAGGCUGGGCUGGGAUACGUAUCUCAAAGCCCCCAUCACACGACUGCAACGAUAUUCUUUACUGCUUCAGACGGUCCACAAGAAUUCGGUCAAAGAUGACGAGGAAAAGGCAAACCUGGGUAGAGCCAUCGAGGAAAUCAAGGCGGUGACCAUGGAGUGUGAUAAGCUCGUAGAUGACAUGACGAGACAAGUGGCACUCAUCGAGCUGCAGUCCUCAUUGGUUCUACGCCCCGGGUUCCAGUCCAAGCUCAACCUUGAUCACUUGGGUCGCGAGCUCAAGAUGCAGGGAGACCUUCAGCGUAUGGGAUCUCGAGGCGUGCGAUGGGUUGAGACGCAUGCGCUGUUAUUUGACCACUAUUUCAUUCUAGCCAAGAUCAUCCCGAGCAAGGAUGGGCGAAGUGAGAAGAAAUACGAUGUGUCGAAAGAGCCAAUACCAAUGCCUUUGUUGUUCCUCGAGAGCAUGAAUGAUGAUCCGGUUUCGAAACAAAAGGGCAUAACUGCUCCACUGAACCGUGCAGCACCAACAGCUGGGUCAGGGACUCAGCUAAAUAAGGUCAUGUCGAACGGCGGUGAUCGACCAGGUCUCGAACACUCGAAUACAAGCUCGUCUGCCUCAUCGAUGCAGCCUGUGACGCGGCUCAACACUACCAACUCAUACGAAGAAGGGAAGAUCCUCUACCCUUUCAGGGUCAAGCACCUGGGUCAUGAAGUCUAUACGCUAUACGCCACGACAGCGCAGAACCGACAGGAGUGGUGCAACCAACUGAUCGAGGCCAAGACAAAUUAUGCCAGGGCAUUGCACGCACAAAACGCGGAGCCUUUCCGGCUGCGUGUUGUGGCCGAUGGAGCUUUUGCUUACGAUUCUAUCUCCGCCAUGGGAAGGACAGCAGGAGUGCCAAUCCGUGGAACACCCCUGGAUCGUGCCAUUAGAGAAAUGGAGCAGGUUUACGGGCCUGGCCGAGGUCCGGCAGCAGUAUGUCGGGCACAGGUCAACUGUGCGACGGCAUUCAAUGCCUAUGGCAAGUCGAUCAUCGCGAUUGGAACUGACUUUGGCGUCUACAUCUCGGAGGCCAGCAACCCGCGUGGCUGGACGCGUUCUGUGCAGAUAAGCAAAGUGACACAGAUCGCGGUGUUGGAGGAAUUCUCGGUUUGUUUGAUCAUUGCCGACAAGUCGCUCAUCUCAUAUCCUCUGGACGUCAUAGCUCCCGUUUCCAACUUCCCGGCACCGUCUCAUGAUAGUCCUCGCCGAGCUCCGGUGCGUCUAGCCAAGGAUGUCAGCUUCUUUGCAACAGCGCGUAUGAAGGAUCGGAUGUUGGUUUUCUUCAAGCGAAAAGAAGGAAUGCACAACACAUUUAAGGUUCUUGAGCCUGUGUUUCAAAAGUCGUCAGAAAAGAAGUCACGUCUGUUCGGCGGUAGGAAGGGAGGCUCAGGAAGUACCGAGUACUUCCGUGACUUUGACGAGUUUUACCUCCCUACAGAAUGCUACUCGCUCAACCUGCUGCAGACGUACAUCGCGGUGUCCACGGCCAAGGGCUUCGAGCUUUUGACGCUUGACAAGAAGCAGACCAUGUCAAUACCGCGAGACCUGACCCUGCCGGCCAUCGCCGACAUUGCGCAGCGCAUCCAGAGCCAGCGGCCCCUAGGCAUGUUCAAGCUUAACGACCAAGAAUUCUUGCUCACUUACGAGGACUGCGCUGUGUACAUGGACAAGCAUGGCGAGGUCUCGCGAACGCUGAUCAUGGAAUACAGCGGCAAGCAAAAGAAGGCCCGCGCGGCCACCAUGUUUGGCCAGUACCUACUCCUGUUCAACGAGGACUACGUCGAGGUGCGCAACGCGGAGAACGGCCGCCUCAGACAGAUAAUCGCGGGCCGCGACGUCAGGUGUCUCGACUACGGUUAUCGCGGACCGACCGGGCCCGGACAGGGCGUGGCCACAGGCGCACUGCCGGUGGAUUCUCAAGGGACCGUCAAGAUCUGCAUGAGCCACCCCGAGGUCCCUGGCAGUCAGAUUGUGUUGGAGAUGGCGUUGAACGAUGGACAUUUAGAGAAGUCAUAAUGGAGAGUGGUAAAAGAUGCGUUUAGAGAUGGUAUUCAUUAUUUGGGGAGGGGUAAUUUUAUUUUAAGGAAUGGCUUUCAGGCGGACAAGACAACCAAGUCCAAUUUCUUUUCUUCGGUUUGGGAUGACGUGAACAAUAUUGGAUGGGAAACAUUUGGGCCUGCUCCAUGUUGGAGAGGGCAAGCGGGUUUGAUACUAUUGGUGCUGAAUCAUGGUUGGAGAGAAUGAUUUUCAACUUUGCAGUAGGAAUGGGUCAAUAUUCCCAUGUUGUUUCGAUUUUAAUGACUCUUCACAGACAGGGCUUCUGUUUCCGGCUUACUCGCUUUCUGUUUUUUUUUUUUUUUUUUUUUUUUG